GCAGCCCCGCGCCGGUCGCUCGCUGCCGGAGCCGCUUUGUGCAGCGGCGCGGGGGGAGUGGGAGGGGGAGACGCGGACGCGGGGGGCGCGCAGCCGGCCGGCGUAGCCUCAGCAUGGACGUGACCGUCUCGGAGCUCAUGGAGCUCUUCCUGCAGAGCCCGCUGGUGACCUGGGUGAAAACUUUUGGCCCUUUUGGAAGCAGCAGCCAGGACAACCUGACCAUGUACAUGGAUUUAGUGGACGGCAUCUUUUUGAACCAAAUCAUGUUGCAAAUAGAUCCCAGGCCAACCAAUCAGCGCAUCAACAAGCAUGUAAACAAUGACGUGAACCUCCGAAUUCAGAACCUGACCAUCUUGGUGAGAAGCAUUAAGACCUACUAUCAGGAAGUCCUCCAGCAGCUGAUCGUAAUGAAUUUGCCCAAUGUUUUGAUGAUUGGCAAAGACCCUCUGUCUGGGAAGAGCAUGGAGGAGAUUAAGAAGGUGCUGCUGCUGGUGCUGGGCUGUGCUGUCCAGUGUGAGAGGAAGGAGGAGUUCAUUGAGAGAAUCAAACAGCUGGACAUCGAGACCCAGGCUGGCAUCGUGGCGCACAUCCAGGAGGUGACCCACAAUCAGGAGAACGUGUUCGACCUGCAGUGGCUGGAGCUGCCGGAUGUGGCCCCAGAGGAGCUGGAGGCCCUGUCUAGGAGCAUGGUGCUCCACCUCCGCAGGCUCAUCGAUGAGAGGGAUGAGUGCACUGAGCUGAUCGUGGACCUGACACAGGAACGUGACUACCUCCAGGCACAGCACCCGCCCAGCCCCGCCAAGUCCUCCAGCGUUGACUCCACACCCAGCCCCACCAGCAGCCUGUCCAGUGAGGACAAGCAGCACCUGGCAGUGGAGCUGGCCGACACCAAGGCCAGGCUGCGGCGCGUCAGGCAGGAGCUGGAGGAGAAGACAGAGCAGCUGGUGGACACCAGGCACGAGGUGGAUCAGCUGGUGCUGGAGCUGCAGAAAGUCAAACAGGAGAACAUGCAGCUGGCGGCUGAUGCCCGGUCAGCCCGUGCCUAUCGAGAUGAGCUGGACUCCCUGAGGGAGAAGGCAAACCGUGUGGAGAGGCUGGAGAUGGAGCUCGUCCGUUGCAAGGAGAAGCUACACGACGUGGACUUCUACAAGGCUCGUAUGGAGGUGGCUGAGAGAAGACGCAUCAUCUUAAUUGAAACCAAAGCCAUGCUGGAGGAGCAGCUGACUGCUGCCCGGGCCCGUGGCGAUAAGGUCCAUGAACUGGAGAAAGAGAACUUGCAGCUGAAGUCCAAGCUCCAUGACCUGGAACUGGACCGGGACACGGAUAAGAAGCGAAUUGAGGAGCUGCUAGAAGAAAAUAUGGUCUUGGAGCUAGCACAGAAACAGAGCAUGAACGAGUCAGCCCACCUGGGCUGGGAGCUGGAGCAGUUGUCCAAGAAUGCUGACUUGUCAGACGCCUCUAGGAAGUCGUUCGUGUUUGAACUGAACGAAUGCGCCUCCAGCCGCAUCCUGAAACUGGAAAAGGAGAACCAGAGCCUCCAGAGCACUAUCCAGGGGCUUCGGGACGCAUCACUGGCACUGGAGGAGAGCAGCCUCAAGUGUGGGGAGCUGGAGAAGGAGAAUCACCAGCUCAGCAAGAAGAUCGAAAAGUUGCAGACCCAGCUGGGGAGAGAAAAGCAAAGCAACCAAGACUUGGAGACCCUCAGCGAGGAGUUGAUCCGAGAGAAAGAGCAGCUGCAGAGUGACAUGGAGGCCCUGAAGGCUGACAAAGCCAGGCAGAUCAAGGAUAUGGAGAAGGAGAAGGAACACCUCCAGCAAGCUGUGUGGUCGCUGCGGGAGAGGUCACAGGUCAGCAGUGAGGCCCGUGGGAAGGACAUCGAAAAGGAGAACAGAUCCCUCCAUCAGGCUGUGACAGAGGCCAGCAGUAAACUCAGCCAGCUGGAGUUGGAGAAGAAGCAACUACACAGGGACUUGGAGCAGGCCAAGGAGAAGGGGCAGCGCACAGAGACGUUGGAGAAAGAGCUGCACCGUCUGGAGAAGGAGAAUGAGCGACUGGCCAAGAAAGUGACCUCCCUGAAGACUGUCACCGAGAAGGUGCAGGCCCUGGAGCACGAGAGCCAGGGCCUGGAGCUAGAGAACCGGACACUGAGGAAGUCUCUAGACACCCUGCAGAACGUGUCUGUGCAGCUUGAGGGCCUGGAGCGCGACAACAGGCAGCUGGACGAGGAGAACCUGGAGCUACGCAAGAUGGUGGAGACCAUGCGGUUCACCAGUGCCAAGAUGGCACAGAUGGAGAGGGAGAACCAGCAGCUGGAGCGGGAGAAGGAGGAGCUGCGGAAGAACGUGGAGCUGCUGAAGGCCCUGAGCAAGAAGUCGGAGCGCCUGGAGCUCAGCUACCAGAGCGUGAGCGCCGAGAACCUUCGGCUGCAGCAGAGCCUGGAGAACAGCGGCCACAAGUCGCAGGCCUUGGAGAGGGAGCUGGCGGAGCUGGAGGCUGAGCACCAGGCCCUGCAACGAGACCUGGAGGCCCUGCGGCUCACCAACAAGCAACUGGAGAGGUCUGAGAAGGACCGGAAGGCCCUGGAGCAGGAGGUCGCCCAGCUGGAGAAGGACAAGAAGCUGCUGGAGAAGGAGGCCAAGCGGCUGUGGCAGCAGGUGGAGCUCAAGGAUGCCGUCUUGGACGACAGCACCGCCAAGCUGUCCGCGGCCGAGAAGGAGAGCCGUGCGCUGGACAAGGAGCUGGCCCGCUGCCGGGAUGCGGCCGGCAAGCUGAAGGAGCUGGAGAAGGACAACAGGGACCUCACCAAGCAGGUCACCAUGCACACAAGGACACUGACCACCCUGCGAGAGGACCUGGUGCUAGAGAAGUUGAAGAGCCAGCAGCUGACCAGUGAGCUGGACAAGCUGAGCCAGGAACUGGAGAAGGUUGGCCUCAGCAAGGAGCUACUGCUGCAGGACGAUAACAGCCACAGUGACACAAAAUUGAAAAUUUUGGAUGGCAGAAAUGAAUCAGCAUUAAAAACAACAUUGACCAUGAAAGAAGAAAAGAUUACGUUCUUGGAAGCCCAGAUGGAGGAAAAAGCCAGCCUGAAUCACCAACUACAGAGUGAAUUGCAGAUGGUGAAGGAAGAAUGUGAACUGCUCAGACGGACUCAGGAGGAUGGGACACACUCACAGAACUCGCUCAAGCACCCUGCGGGCAAGUCGCUUACCAGUCACCAGCAGAAGGAGGCCUGGGGACUAAGCCAGCAGGAGGCCACGAUGGAGCUGCUCCGUCUGAAGGACCGGGCCAUUGAGCUGGAGCGCAAUAACGCAGCUCUGCAGGCUGAGAAGCAGCUGCUGAAGGAGCAGCUGCAGCACCUGGAGACACAGAACAUGACCUUCAGCAGCCAGAUCCUGACAUUGCAGAAACAAAGUGCCUUUCUGCAGGAGCACACCACCACACUGCAGACGCAAACGGCCAAGCUGCAGGUGGAGAAUUCCACGCUGAGCUCCCAGAGUGCCUCACUCAGUGCACAGUGCGCGCUGCUGCAGAGCCAGCAGACAGCCAAGGAGGCUGAGCAUGAGAACUUGCAGCGGCAGCAGGAGCAGCUGGAGGCUGCCUAUGAGGCACUGCUCCAGGAUCAUGAGCACCUGGGCACCCUACACGAGCGCCAGUCCUCUGAGUAUGAGGCCCUCAUCUGCCAGCACAGCUGCCUGAAGACACUGCACCGGAACCUGGAGCUGCAGCACAAGGAGCUCGGGGAGAGGCACAGUGACUUGCUGAAGCACAAAGCGGAGCUGGACGAGCUGGAGAAGGUGCUGACCUCCGAGCGGGAGGUGCUGCGGCAGGAGCAGAGGACAAACGCCGUCACCAUGGGCGAGAACCAGAGGCUGCGGGGAGAGCUGGACAGGGUCAAUUUCCUGCACCACCAGCUGAAGGGGGAGUAUGAGGAGCUGCACGCCCACACCAAGGAGCUGAAGACCUCGCUGAACAACGCGCAGCUGGACCUGAACCGCUGGCAGGCGCGCUUCGACGAGCUGAAGGAGCAGCACCAGAGCAUGGACAUCUCACUGACCAAGCUGGACAACCACUGUGAGCUGCUUUCCCGUCUCAAGGGGAACCUGGAGGAGGAGAACCGUCACCUGCUGAGCCAGAUCCAGCUGCUGAGCCAGCAGAACCAGACACUUCUGGAGCAGAACACGGAGAGCAAGGAGCAGUUCCAUGAGGAGCAGAAGCAGUACAUAGAUAAACUAAAUGCCUUACGGAGACAUAAAGAAAAACUGGAGGAAAAAAUCAUGGACCAGUACAAGUUCUAUGAUCCUGCUCCUAAGAAGAAGAACCACUGGAUUGGAGCCAAAGCCUUAGUUAAACUCAUCAAGCCAAAGAAAGAGGGUUCCAGAGAACGAUUAAAAUCAACCCCAGAGAGUCCUCCCUGGCAGCUGGAGCCCUCAGACCCCACCUCACCAUCCGCCCCUCAGCCUCUCAGAUCACAGCCAGAGAACCCUGACAGCCCCCCAUCGGCUUCGAACUGUGCAGAAGAGCGUGAUGCCCACAACGGGCCUGUGGGGAAAGGCCCUGGGGAUCUAAAACCAAAGCGAACGUCUCCACACGGAGGCAGUGUUGACCGCACAGACGCUUCUGCAGACCCGGGCUCCAAGUCCUGGCCCUCGGAGUCGGGCCCCCGAACCUGUUCAUCCUCAGCCAUCACAGCAGCCUCUUCCACCUCCACCCCUAUCUCCCGGCACACAGGCCGGACCAAAGGCUGUAAUUCAGAAGACAACCUCAGCGAGCCGCCGCUGGAGCUCGAGUGCUCCUACAACAGGCAGCACGUAUCACGGCCAAGCAGCUUGGAAAGCAGCAGAAAUACAUCCAGCAACAGCUCACCUCUUAGCCUCAAAGGUUCCUCCGAUCAACUCCACAGCCGAUCUGAGAGCUUCAGUAGCGCAGACCUUAUCCCCAGCAGGGACCCAGCCACACUGCCCCGGGAUGCCAGCACCUUGGGACGCGUCACCCUCAGUCGCCAUGAGAACCCCCUGCCCCGGAAUGGGCCUCUCUUCCAUGAGGAUGUCCAGAAGAGGGGUGCAGCCCCACCUCACACUGGGGCACGGCCCUCUUCAGCCUCCCCCAGCAACGAGAUGGUCACCUUGGAGGAAUUCCUGGAAGAGAGCAACCGCAGCUCUCCCACCCACGACACUCCCAGUUGCCGGGAUGACCUACUCAGUGACUACUUCCGAAAGGCCAAUGAUCCCCCAGCCAUCGGAGGCCAGCCAGGACCACCUCCCAGAAAAGAAGGGGCCAAAACACCAACCAGCUUUGUGGUCCCCACCAUCAAGAUGGCAGUCAACACCUCUGAAGGGAGGCAGCUGAAGCCCGGGCAGUAUGUGAAGCCAAACUUCAGACCGGCUGAGGCAGAAGUCCCAGGCAGUGUCACCCCAAGACAGAUCCAGCCUCCCCAGAGCUUGUCUCUGGGCAAACCCCGGCAAGCCACAGUACCUAUGACUUCCCACAUGUCUACCAGCCGGAGUUCGUCCCUGAGCCGGGCUUUCAGCCUGGCUUCAGCUGACCUUCUUCGGGCCAGUGGGCCAGAGGCCUGCAAACAGGAGUGUUCUCAGAAGCCAGGGGGUCCUGAGGCCUCAGGGGGCAGAGAGACAGGCAGCCAUGGCCUACAGAGUCCUGCUGCUCCAGGCUCCCACAGCCUAGCCCGGGAGCGGACCCCACUGGUGGGAAGGGCUGAUGGCUCCUGUCAAGGCCCAGGUCCCCGCAACCGGCCACUGGACACGAGGCGCUUCUCACUGGCUCCUCCAAAGGAGGAGAGGCUGGCCCCGCUGCAGCAAUCCGCCACAGCCCCAGCUCUUGCCCCUGGAGGUGGCAGUGGCAGCAGCUCCCAGCUCCAGCACUUCUCACCUGCUGUGGCCCCUGCUGCCAGGACCAAGCCCAAAAUGUCACCACACUCAGGGGAGGUAGCCGCCAUUGCUCCCGUCCGGCCAGGGCUCAGCAUCUCAGAAACAGAUGGGCUCCCAGGGCAAGGCUACAGUGAGGGGCUCCCAGCCAAGAGCCCCGGUAGGCCUUCGGACCUAACAGCUUCCCAUGCCAGCCGGGGCCCCGAGGACUUCAGUCGAGGGAGCAGCUCGAAGAGCACACCGGCAUCCCCUGAGCCGGGCGGAGACCAGCAGACAGUGUGGUACGAGUACGGCUGUGUGUGAGGUGUGGCUCCAGAGCUCCCAAACCUUAAAACUACUGACAUGCCUUCUGGUUCUGAUGACCUUCAUUUCUCCUGUUUGCCAGUGGUGCUGCGAAGGCUAUAGAGUGAGGAGACAAGGUCCCAGGUGAUUGUGCCAGUGGUUUUGUUGAUGGAAACACUGUUGCCAAGCCCUGAGAGGAUUGCUCUGCUGGUGUGUAUCCGCAUCUUCCAGCAUCUGGUGUCUUAGGGCAAACCCACUUAGUGUGCAGUGACAAAACUUACCUUCCCCGAAGCAGACACUACUCAUUGGGCCCUGGUAGAAUACUCAGUUGCAACCCGUUGACCUCCGUUGAAGGAGCCACAGGCUCAUGAAGCUAAGCCUUGGUGGGUCUGGAAACUCCACUCCUCUCAAAAGCCAUUGAUCCUAGGAGAAGCCUGGAAUGUGGCUUACUGAUCAACCUGGGUGUAUUGUGUCCUGUUUCUGGGCUCCGAGCACUUCCCUCUACCCCAGGGCCGCCCUCCUGCAGCUAGCUCAUCGGCUCUGCCUGGUAGGCUCUGGGGCCACCCAGGGACAGCCUUCCUAGCCUUCUCUGACUCACUUUUCUACAAACACUGGAUCUGCUGGGCCUGGGGCACGAGGCAGAUAUGCCCCAACUCUGUCCCAGGGAGCAGCCAUAGUGCACAGAGGGGAGGACGGGGUACUUGAUUUCUAACAUGGCUCCCGCACCUGGCUUCCCCCUCUCCUUCGAUGGGAUUGUUGAUUAUUUCUGCAUAACUUUUUGGGGGUAGAAACCGAAUUUCUUUUAAUAUAUUACUUAUGUAUGUACACACUUGUGAGAUAUAUACUACGUGGGGGUCUAUUUAUGUUCCAUUGGAAGUUGUUCUUUACUGCCAGGAAUCGUACCUGCUGCUUUGUGUAUUGGUUACGUUCCUGACACAUUUAGUUUCCUGUUGUAAAGGUGCUUUUCCUGGGACGGACUAAACCUAUUGACUUUUAAAGAUUUUUUUUUUUUCCCUUUCGAUUUAAUGUGCUGAGAAAGAAAUGGGGAGACUUUUGAAUGUUAAGCAAGAUGCAUUAUAGGAGUGUUUGGGGUCGUGUGUUAAAUAGCCAUUCAUUCUGGAAUACAAGGACAGGGUUGUAAUAAAACAGAAUGGGACAAAAGCGAGUCCUGGUUUUCUUUGCUGCAUGUUACAGAAGCUCCAAGCAGACUUUGGGGACUCAGGCUUCCUGCUUCCCUGCCCGGGCUCCUCCUCGGCUGUGGGAAUCACUGCUCGCUUUGCCACUGGGUGUCGAACACGCUGAUGCACACAGCCAGACGUGAAGAACAAAGUUUACUCCACUACAGCCCCUGCCCUGUGAUGCAUUUAUCUUAUGUCACCUUAACCUGAGUCCUGUUUUGACUUGGAACCAGAGCUCCUUUUGAUUUUCCCCAGGCUGCCCAACCAGCAAGUGCUAGAUGUGGAAUUUGGUCCUUGGAGGCCUCAG